UCGUCCAAUACUUAUAACGUUAAAUGCUACGUAACGUAAAACUCAAACUCAUAAUGAAAAACUCUUUCACCAUUAUUCAACCCACCUCGAUCACCACUAUUCACCCGCCAGGUCCACCACCGCUUUCGAGUUUUUUUGUCCUCUCUCUCGAUCUCCACCUCACUUCACGUGACCCUCGGAUUCAAAAUCUCAAUUUUUUUUCUCUCAUGACUGCUGAAACUUCACUCUUUCCCUUCCCACUCCCAUUCCCUUCCACAUCCAUGCCUCCACCACCACUACCACCAUACUCCGUCGCGCUCUCAGUCCUGAUCCUCCUAACACUCUACUCAGCUGCCACCGCCGCCCACUCAUGUUUCCCAAAACCAUCGUCCUUCUCCACAUUUUCAUGUCCACCAUUCACUUCACCGCCGCCGUUCCCCUUCUCUUCUUCACCAGGAUGCGGCCACCCUUCUUUCCAAAUCAAAUGCUCUGCCCCCCACUCCACCAUCUCCAUCAAUAACCUCUCUUUCUCUCUCAUCAGCUACGAUCCCAUCGCCUCCUCGCUUCUCCUCUCUCCCCACACCACCAACUCAACAGUCACAAACUGCUCGUCCUCUAACUAUCCUUCCAUUCCUAGCCGCUCCAUCAACAUCUCCGCCACCCCAUUUCGAAUAUCCGACGCCUCCUGCUCCCGCCUCUCAGUUCUCAAGCCUUGCUUCUCGCCAAAUCUUCCCAACUGCAGCCAUUGCCCUUGGGACUGCAAGCUCAUCAAACACCCACUCAAGCUUCUCAACGACUGCGGAUCUCCGCACCGCCCUGUCACCCAGCAGGGCUGCCACGACGACGUCUUGAGCUUUCUCGACGAUUUCCUCAAAAUUGGGAUCGAGCUGGAGUGGGACGAAGCACAAGACUCUUACUUUUCCAGCUGCAGAGCAUGCAAGUCCAACAAUGGCUUCUGCGGCUUUAACUCCUCCGACCCAAUUAAGCAAUUCCUCUGUUUUUACGACGAAACUCACCUCACGCCGCCGUGGAUUAGCAAAGACAACCCGAAUCGAAUCACCAUCUUGUCGUCCGUGUUCACAUUGGCUUGCUUCCUACUCGUCGUCUCUGUUGUCAUAGCCGUCUUCAGGUCCAAAAGAUUAAGCUCCGCCGCAACAGAAGAAGACCCAACAGCUCUGUUCCUCCACCGCCACCGCUCCGCCAACCUCCUCCCGCCAGUUUUCACAUACGAAGAGCUUGAAUCCUCAACAAACCAAUUCGACCCGAAACGCAAAAUCGGGGACGGUGGGUUCGGGUCUGUAUAUCUGGGUCAGCUCUACGACGGCAGAGUCGUCGCCGUAAAACACCUCCACAAACCCCUCCGCGGCGCCGCCGCAUCCGGUAAAGCCUUCUCCAACAAAUGCUUCUGCAACGAAAUCCUAAUCCUCUCCUCCAUUGACCACCCAAAUUUAGUCAAACUCCACGGCUACUGCAGCGACCCGAGAGGCCUCCUUCUCGUCUAUGACUACGUCCCCAACGGCACCCUCGCGGACCACCUCCACGGCCCCAAGAGCCUCUACCGGAAAGGGUCGAUGACGUGGCAGGUGAGAGUCGACAUUGCUCUGCAAACCGCAAUGGUUAUGGAGUACCUGCACUUCUCGGUGGUGCCACCGGUGGUCCAUAGAGACAUAACGUCGUCGAAUAUCUUCGUCGAGAAAGAUAUGCGGAUUAAAGUCGGGGACUUUGGGCUUUCCAGGCUCUUGGUUUUCCCCGAAAGGACGUCGUCCAGUUCCGGGUACGUUUGGACCGGCCCGCAGGGUACGCCUGGGUACUUGGACCCGGAUUACCACCGGUCGUUCCGGUUGACCGACAAGAGUGACGUGUACAGUUUCGGUGUCGUUUUACUGGAGCUGAUUUCGGGGCUGAAGGCGGUGGACCAGCGGAGGGACAAGAGGAAGCUGGCGCUGGCGGAUUUGGUGGUGCAGAAAAUCCAGACGGGCCUGCUACACCAGGUGGUGGACCCGGUUCUGGUUGUCGACGGGGACGUGUCCGACGGCGUGUAUGCGGCGGCUGAGCUGGCGUUCAGGUGCGUUGCAGCGGAUAAGGACGACAGGCCGGACGCCAAGGAAGUGGUGGAGGAGCUGAAGCGGAUCAGGAGCCGCACACGUGGGGUGUCCCGGGCUUCGAGUUCGAACGUGAUGGGUGAGGACGUGGCAAAGGGAUGAUUUAAUUGGACGUGUGUGGGGCCCGUGGGCGUGGCGUGGGGUCUGGUGUGCAUGUGCGGGUUUUGACCGACAACUGAAGUCACCUAAGUGAAAGAGUGAGGGGCAAGUCAGAGAUGGUUGCGACUUGUGAAUGCAGGGAGAGAUUUGUGUUUGGUUAAACUUUGGAACUCCCCUCUGCUUUUCGCCUGCUUCUGGCUUUUACUCUCUCUCUCUCUGAAUCCUAAACCGCACAUCUAUCUUUCAUUGUUUAUAUGUGUCAUGUAUCGAAGCAUUGUAAUAAAUGUGAUUUCUAGCAUGGAAUUUUCAAUUUUGGUUUCCCAAUUAA